GUAUUUCAUGGAGGGAUUCCUUCAUGCCACAUGCUGUUUGUGAGUGCUAGCAUUGCAGCUCUUCGCAGUGCCAUCUGAGACCAUACGAGCUGGACACAGUGAUGGGGGACUCUCCAACAAAUGCUAUGGAUGGAGGCAUAGACACAUGCUACAAAGACACACAGACUGAACUGGCAGAGCGGGUAGCAGCCAUAGAUGUGGCUGUUGGCCCAGACAGAAGUGACCAAAAUGGUGAAGACAACACUGAAGAAAAUGACACAGUCUUUUCUGAUAAUGUAAAAGACAUCCAAAGAAAUGGAGUCAACAGUGAUGUGGGAAUGAAUGAACUUCUGCCUUCCCAACGGUCAGAAGAUGCUCGCUGGAGGCAUGUUCCCAAGAGACCUCUCACUAGACCUGUCCUAUCAAGUAGGAAGUUGUCUCUUCAGGAAAGAUCAUCAGGAGGUUAUUUGGCUUCUAGCAACACUCCAGGUUAUGGUCCUUAUGCCACAGGGCCAUCACCACGUAUAAUGAGGAGACCAACGAUAGAGUCCAAUCGCGUCUCCAUAUCGGAUUCUGAGGACUGCGUGCAAUUAAACCAGUACAAGCUGCAGAGUGAAAUAGGCAAGGGUUCCUAUGGUGUUGUGAAACUGGCCUACAAUGAGAACGAUGACAAGUAUUAUGCUAUGAAAGUCCUCUCCAAAAAGAAGCUCUUGAAGCAGUAUGGAUUUCCACGUCGGCCUCCUCCCCGAGGGUCAAAAGCAUCCUCCGGAGAGCAGCCAAAACCCAUGGCACCACUGGACAGAAUCUAUCAGGAAAUAGCCAUCUUAAAGAAACUGGAUCAUGUCAACAUUGUUAAGCUGAUAGAGGUCCUUGAUGAUCCUGCAGAGGACAACUUGUACAUGGUGUUUGACCUCCUAAGGAAAGGGCCUGUCAUGGAGGUACCAAGUGACCAUCCCUUCAGCGAGGAGCAGGCUCGGCUCUACUUCAGAGACAUUGUCUUGGGCAUCGAGUACUUGCACUACCAAAAGAUCAUUCACCGUGACAUCAAGCCUUCCAACUUACUCUUAGGAGAUGAUGGGCACGUCAAAAUUGCUGAUUUUGGAGUCAGCAAUCAGUUUGAAGGGAAUGAUGCCCAGCUUUCCAGCACGGCAGGGACACCAGCCUUCAUGGCACCAGAGGCCAUUUCAGACACCGGCAAAAGUUUCAGUGGGAAGGCGCUUGAUGUGUGGGCCAUGGGAAUUACCCUGUACUGCUUUGUUUACGGGAAGUGCCCUUUUAUAGAUGAAUAUAUUCUGGGUCUUCAUAACAGGAUCAAGAACAAGCCUGUAGAGUUCCCAGAAGAAGCACAGAUAAGUGAAGAGCUCAAGGAACUGAUCCUACGCAUGCUCGAUAAAAAUCCCGAAACAAGGAUAACCGUCCCUGAAAUUAAGGUGCAUCCGUGGCUAACCAAGGGCGGCGAGGAACCCCUGCCCCUAGAGGAAGAGCACUGUACUGUGGUGGAGGUGACAGAGGAGGAGGUGAAGAACUCGGUGAAGACGAUCCCAAGUUUGCCAGCUGUGAUCCUAGUGAAGGCCAUGCUAAGAAAACGCUCCUUUGGAAAUCCAUUUGAGGCUCAGACCAGGCGGGAGGAGAGAUCCAUGUCUGCUCCAGGGAAUUUGUUGAUGGACAGACUCCUCUUAAACACAUCUGUAUAUUUGCAUCCAUCUUUAAGAAAACAAGGGAGCAGAGAAGGAGGCAGGGACCCAGAGCUGCCCGAUGUGUGUGAAGACGAAGCUACAUCCUGA